CUCUGACGUCAGGUCUGUGUUGGAGUAAAAUAUGCUCGAGCUGGGUGGAGAGAGAGGACGAGCGCUCACAAACUAACAUCAGCAUCUCAAGAUGGGCAACGUUCAACCAACAAUAACUCCUUAUGAGGACUUUGAUGUGAUGGCAGACGUCAAAGAACUUCGUAAGGCCUGCAAAGGAAUGGGCACAGAUGAGGAAAUCAUUAUUUCUAUACUAGCAAACCGCUCUGCAGCCCAACGGUUGGAGAUUAAACAAGCAUACUUUGAAAAAUAUGAUGAUGAGCUGGAGGAAGUAUUAAAGAGUGAGCUCACCGGGACGUUUGAGAAAGCAAUCGUGGCCAUGUUGGACCCACCUUACAUAUUCCUGGCUAAAGAACUGAGGAAAGCCAUGAAAGGAGCAGGCACAGACGAGGAUGUGCUUGUGGAGAUCUUGUGCACCAGCACCAAUCAGGAUAUUUUGAAUAGCAAAGAGGCAUACAUGCAAGUUCAUGAGCGUGAUUUGGAGGCCGACAUUGAAGGUGACACUAGCGGAGAUGUGAGAAAUCUUCUGAUUUCUCUUCUACAGGCCGAAAGAGAUGAGUCUUAUGAGGUAGAUGAAGAUCUGGCAGAACAAGAUGCAACAGCGUUGUUUGAAGCAGGUGAAGGUCGCUUUGGAACAGAUGAGACCACCUUCACCCAUAUCCUCACUCACAGGAAUUAUCUACAGCUUCAAGCUACCUUCAAGAUAUAUGAAACUCUCUCUGGGACAGAUAUCCUGGAUGCUAUAGACAAUGAAGCAACAGGAACAUUAAAGGACUGUUACACUGCCUUGGUGAGAUGUGCUAAAAACCCACAGCUGUUUUUCGCACGUCGUCUGAAUGCUGCAAUGAAAGGAGCGGGAACAGAUGAGGACACGCUCAUACGCAUCAUUGUGACACGGUCUGAGGUGGAUUUGGAGACCAUAAAAGACAUGUACUUGGAGAAAUAUGACGUCACAUUAAAGGAUGCCCUGAGCUCAGAUUGCGGAGGCGACUUCAAGCGCCUCCUCAUAGAAAUACUACACUGAAACACCAACAGGUGGAGCCCAAGAGUCAACAACUAACUAGAAUCACCUCUUCUUGUACACACAGAGCACACAGGAGCUCAUUUAUACAUCAGAUCUAUUUGUAAUUGACAAUAAUAUAAUCACUCAUGCAUUUUACAAAGUAAAACUCGAGAAUUCAACAUUGUCAGAACCUUUUCUUAACGCGAAAAAGGUUAAUAAUUUGACAGUUUUAACGUUUUUAUUACAGAAAAUUUGACUUCUGCUUAACUCACUACACACGUGCCUUGAGAAUGUCAUAACAUUUGGCGUACCAUACUUCUUUUACCGGAUAAAUCCUAGUGCACAAAGGGUGAUUCUUUAAUACUCUCUUUGGUCACAUUGGUACCUAUAUUUGUAUCUUUUCAAGUUACCUAUAAAUCAAAUACAUAAAUGUAUAAUGGUAAUAAUAGUACUAAGUGUUUAGUGCUUGCUAAUGCAGCAGUUAUUACACUAUUAAGAGCAACUAGCUUAAGAGCAAAGAUGGUCAGUACUUCAAUAAUGCUUUUUAACUACUGGGCAUGUAGGUGUUGUUGUACAAUGUGAUUGUUAAUAUUCUAAAGCAACAUAGUGAUCCUAUUAUUGCAGUGCUUUAAAAUAUCUGUUUUUAAAUAUAUUGCAAAAGGAACUGUGGUUAAAAAUAUGUCAAGGACAAAGAUCCCACUUAUGAUGAAAGAUUAUCAAUAAAGCAUGUUCUGUUAAUUGCG